ACCGGGCGACGACUCAUGGGAUCUUUUAUACGUCAAUGAGUCUUUAAUCUCUUAUUGCAUUUAUAUCGCCAUCUGAUCAGCAUCAUGGGUAGCUACGAAGAGAAACUAGCUUAUCGCCUCACAAACCGCGCUCUUGAUACUCCGCGCUCUCUCCGUAUCGCUAUCAUCGGCGCAGAUGUUUCCGGCAUCGGUCUCUAUAUACGUCUCAGACAUUAUGUUCCUAGUGCAGCUAUACAAAUCUAUGAAAAGAACAUCGAUGUUGGAGGAACGUGGUUUGAGAAUCGUUAUCCAGGUGUAGCAUGCGAUAUUCCGAGCCAUGUGUAUCAAUAUACGUUUGAGCCGAACACACAAUGGUCGAAAUUCUUCUCUGGUGGCGCAGAAAUCUUGGAGUAUGUGAGGGGCGUAGCGAAGAAGUAUGAAGUGAGAGAGAAAGUGAGUUUUGAGACAACGGUGCUUGGAAUGAAGUGGAAUGAGGAGAAAGGGGAAUGGGCUGUUAAAGUCCGGAAGGGUGGGGAGAUUGAAACCAGAUCUUUCGAUAUCGUGGUCAAUGCGACAGGAUGUUUGAACAACUGGAAGUGGCCGAGCAUUCCGGGCCUUAAUGACUUCGAAGGAAAGCUCAUGCAUUCUGCAAACUGGGAUGACUCUUGGGACUACUCAAACAAAACCGUGGCUCUAAUUGGAGCUGGAUUGUCUGCUAUCCAGAUUCUUCCUCAUCUUCAAAAGAAGUGCAAGGAUGUAUUCCACUUUACACGUGGUCGAACUUGGAUCAGUGAGCCAUUUGGUGGAAUUGCCACACAGCAAGCCAUCGCAGGAGAUAAAGAUUCAGGAAACUGUAAUAACGCCGCGAUGAACUCGUACUCCCCAGAAGAGUUGAAACGAUUCUCCGAAGAUUCAGAAUAUUAUCGGAAAUAUCGCAAGGAGAUUGAACGCUUUAUCAACCUUGACCACUCUUGUCUAUUUCCUGGCACGCCCGCAGCCAUCGAUGGACAGCAGCGGGUCAUCGAGAACAUGAAGCUAAAGUUAGCUAAGAAACCUGAAAUCUACAAGCAACUGAAGCCCGAAUUUCGUCCAGGGUGCAGGAGACUUACUCCAGGGCCAGGCUUUCUAGAGGCGCUGGUAGAGGAAAAUGUGCAUUUUACAAAUUCACCAAUUUUGAAAAUUAUGAAAGAUUCGAUCUCAACAGCAGACGGGAAAACUCAGCGCGUUGACGGCAUUGUCUGUGCGACUGGCUUCGAUACUUCGUUCAAUCCCCGUUUCGAGGUCACUGGUCGCAAUGGGAUUCUUCUCUCAGACCAGUGGAAGGAGUACUCUAGUGCCUACCUCUCACUCGCCAUUCCAAACUUUCCAAAUUUCUUUACCAUUGGCGGGCCCAAUCCGGCAACUGGCGGUGGUUCUCUCCUCAUCAUUUUUGCGAGCAUUAUCGGGUACGUUGUCAAAGCGGUGCAGAAAAUUGCCCGUGAACACAUCAAGAGUAUGGUUGCAACCCAGGAGUCAUUGGAUGAGUGGGAGAAAUACAUGGAUGCAUACUUCCCUGGAACAGUACAUAUCGAGGGCUGUACGAGCUGGUACAAAGCAGGAGAAACGAAUCAUAAAGUUGUAGGACUGUGGCCGGGAAGUAGCUUGCAUGCGAGAAAGACACUAGAGCAUCCGAGGUGGGAGGACUUCCAAUAUGGCUACGAAAAUGACGAUGAAAAAGGAGAAGACGGAAAGCUAAGUUGGUUGGGCGAUGGGUGGACUGUUGCUGAUAGAGAGGCCGGAGACACGAGCUGGUACUUAGACGAGAUUGAUUAUCCACCCGUGAAUAAAUAAGAGACAUCUUGUUCAG